AAUGACAUAUGUUGAUAUGACAGUAUGUUUGAUAUGUUAGAUGAAUUCUGGGAUUAUGUACUUUGUUUUAUCUCUGCGAGCUAGCUAAUAUUAAAAAUUAAUUUUUGUAGAAAUCUUUGCAACGACUUAAAUCAUUUGGCGAUAACAAAGUUACUCGCUAUCUAUAAAGUGUGUUUAUAUAUCCUGCAGACGAAAAUACUAAGCAAUCAGGAAAAACAUGGCGCUGUGCUAUACAAGGCUGCUUUGCCGACGAAGCAUCGAUCUCCGAAAUUUCCGGAGUUUAUACACCUGCAGCCCGCUUAAUGUUGCUGUGUCAAAACCUCUGUGUUCUGGAUCUGCGAUAUGCGAGUCUCACGAUGACAAAAAUAUACGUCUUAAACGGCCUAUGUCACCACAUUUGACCAUUUACCAAAUUCAAUUAACAGCAUUCUUGUCAAUAACGCAUCGCACAACAGGGAUGAUAUUAUCUAGUUAUGCUAUGUUACUUGGUUUAGGAACGUUGCUUAUACCUGGAGGUAUUCCAUGUCUUAUAGAAAUGACUCAAGAUUUAGGUUUGUCUUCUGCUGUUCUUUUCUUGGGGAAAACUGCCCUGGCUCUCCCUGCUACAUUUCAUACAGUUAACGGAUUCCGUCACUUGGCCUGGGAUAUGGGAAAGUUUCUUACUAUUAAAGAGGUAUACAGCACUGGUUAUGCAGUAUCUGCAUUAUCAGUAAUUUCUGCUAUUGUACUUGCUGCAUUAUAAGUUCAAGUAAUAUCAUUACUUUCAGUUGUGAUACAAUUUUCAUUGUAAAUUAUCAGUAUGAGCAGACUGCGUCAUCUAAUUUGUAAAAUCUAUUAAAUCUAGAAUAAAAAAUUUUGUUAGACUGUUCUAUUAAU